GACAAGAUAUUCAAAAAUUCAACAAUCAAGCAAAUGGAACCUUAAAUUGGCGCUAAGCAUUGCUCAUUGCAUAGUAAAAGCUUAGAAAAGUAAGAAUUGAAAUAGUUAACAAAUACGAGGUUCUUGCACACACAACUGCAUGAUUCAUUACAUUCUACCCAUAACACCCACCUGAAAACGGCACUUGUUACACAUACAUAUUUCUAUGUACAUAUGUACAUAUGUGACAUCGUUUUAUCUUAUCAGUGCGAUUGCAAAAGCUCUGUAUUUUCCUGUUGCUUGCCUUUUCGAUGUUUAAAAUCGUUUCAAUUUUAGUUAACGAACGACUAUAUACGAGCGCAAACGAACAAAAGUAUUUUAAAAGAUUCUUAAUUUAGCUAUCCUUAUAAUUUAUCGGAUUGGCGCUGGAGGCAAAUUCCUGGGUGUGGGUGGCACAUGGAAUCUUUGGGAAGAGAAGAGCGCAGGUUGUGAAAUAUUCGCUUCCGGCAUUUUCAUUGGUUUCAUUGUUUAUACGGGCGUACACACAAUUGCAUACUUCUUUGGACCCAACAAAUACAGACACGAACUCACAGACACCAUGAUGAAUGUGGUCGGCACCUUCUUGUGGGCUCUAGUUGGUGGCAUUGCUCUGCACUAUUGGGUCGGUUAUAUGAAUACAAGCGACUACUCUUACUUGGGUGUUCAGAAUGUACCAGUUAGUGCGGGUAGUGACAAGCUUGUUGGCAUUAUAAUGGGAUCGCUCUGCAUACUUGAGGCAGCUUUAUAUUUGGUGGACACAGUAAUGAGUUGCCUGCACUACUCGAAGGGCGACACUGAAUAUACUGGUGUGGCGCGUUAGUGCUUCUAAAUGAUUUUCAAGGCAUAUUUGUGCAAUAAUUAAUUAUAUGUUGACAACAAACUUGUAUAAAACUGACAAAUUUGAAAAAAUAUUUGCAGCUACUGAUAUCUAUACCAAUAUUUAAUUAUACAUCAUCCUUUUUCUUUAAAUAUUUCGAAUCGGAGUACUGAAAUGUCAAGACCUAUUCUUUAACUGCAUUGUAGCUCUAAUGCCAUAUUAAUAAGUAACAAUUACGUAAUAGUACAUGCAAGCUGUGCGGCUUGCGUUUCCAGUAUUCCAUAAUAUGUACAACACUUUUUUACUUUAUUCGCCAAACAUUUCAAACAUAAUUUUAAUAAAUUUAAUACAGAAACUACACACAUCUAAACUUGUUGACCUCUCUGUAACACCAGUAAUUAUGUGAGUAAGUGUGCUGAUAGUUAGUGUCUCUAUAAAUACCAUUAAGUCUAGAUUUGAUACCCCUUCAAUAUAAACACAGACAUGCAUGUUUUAAUCGACAAAGCAAACCGAAACACUAUUUAAUGGCCGGGUGUAGUAUGUCAAAAUUCGUCUCCAUCGCUGUUAACGCAAACACAGACACGCAUACACAAACUACUCCUAUGUUAUGUAUGCCUGUACCAUAGACACUUGGAGAGAAAUCCGUAAUGAUUUGUAUUUGUAAAGUCAGCAUUGCGCGUAGUUUUAGUAUGCUAAUAGUUAGACUCGCUUUGAAAAUAAUGACACUUCAGUUCAUUUAGCGGCGACAAAUUUCAAUUGAUCUACAGUAAUUCGCGUUUUCUACAACUGUCAUGUGUCAGUGUGUUAUGUGUGUAUUAGAGCGGGUUGAUUUACAGGGAGUCAAAAAAACGGAAAAAGCGCGUAUGCGAGAAAUUUGCUACGGUUCAUUCUAAACAAUUUUGCCUAAGAGAACAUGGUUCCAAAACCGAUUUCAAACCAGCGAUUUUUAAGGCGAAGUUUAUAUAAUAUAUAUAAAAAAAUUCUUCGUUAGUUUUUGAGUUAUGCGAAAUUUAUAUGUUUUACAUAGUUGUCCGAUUUUCUUUAUUUUCACUGUCAUUGUUAAGUAUAUAUAAUAACAGAGGACUAUUCUGCAAAAUUACGAGCUCUUAGUUUUUUAAUUAAAGGCAGGUUAUGGGUAUAUAAAAUAACUGAAUAAUCGUUUGUAUGGGAGAUAUGUGAUAUAGUUGUCCGAUCUGGCCAAUACCGCCAAAUAAUCAAUAAAAUAUCAAAAUGCGCCUAUGUAUUCAAUUUCAUUCUUAUAACUCAAAAACUGACGAAGAAAUUUUUAUGAGCACCAGCAGAUAAACUUCGCCUUAAAAAUCGCCUGCUCGCUCACUCUAGUGUAGUGUACACAUGUACAUACGCGUAUGUUCGUGCUAAUAAUAUUCAAAACUUGUCGUAUUUAUUCAUUUAUUUGCGGGUGCUAAAACUGCUUGAUCAAUUUGAGGCGAGCAUUUCUUAUUGAACUCAAUAUCAUUUUAGUAACGUAUGUAGGCAUGUUUUUAACUAACGGACAAGCAAUUGGCAUUUAUGUUUUGAACUAUUAAAAACUGAAUCAUCAUUUUCAAAGUUUUCAACCGUCUUUUUAAUGUGUAUGGACAAUUUACUACCUAUAUACAAUGAAUUUUGUGAACAAUGAAACUUGUAUAUACAUACACCAUAUCUAUAUAUGAACGUUAUAUGUAAAGUAUUGUUACUGUGGCUUGAAUGUAUUUUUUAUCUAAUCGUAGCGGACAAGCAACGAAUCAACAAAUCAUACACGAAUUUUUUUUUCAUAACUUAUCGUUCGUACACAUUUAACGGUGACGAUACUUUUGCUAACACGAGUAAAGCGUUUAGUCGAUGGCUGCUCAUUUACGAAGCGAACGCGAUAAAAGUUAACGCCUUGAUAAAGAGGAAUUUCGAAAGCUUGUUUGGCAAAUGGAUCGUUCAAAAAUGGUUUCUUACGAGACAAUUGCCUCAAUAUGUUUAAAAAUACUGAAAUUGCUCAAUAACGUAGGCGUACUGGUUUUAUAUCGCACGGGAAAUGGCGGCGAUUUCUUGGGUAUCGGUGGCAAUUGGAACUUGCAGGAAAAGCAUAGUGCUUCCCUCGAAAUGCUUGCUUCUGGUAUCUUUGUUGGAUUUGUUAUAUAUACAGCUGUAGUUAUUAUCGGAUACUGUUUCGGAGGUAACACAAAUAAACGAGAUUUAACUGACAUUCUUAUGAAUACGGUUGGAGCCGUAUUGUGGUUAACAGCAGGUGGGAUAGCAAUAAAUUUCUGGUUUGGUUACAUGACCGAUGGUAGUUUUGCAUAUGCCAGCAGUGAACGUAGAGUUGGUUUAACAAUGGGAACAUUGUGUGUUGCACAGGGUGCUCUUUAUAUAGUGGAUACUAUUUUGGGAUGCGCUCUCUACUAUAAAGGCCCCAUAGAGUAUGCCGUCAUAAGGCAGUAUACGUUGGAAUAAAUAAGAGGCUACGUCACUAAACUUGAAAACUUUCACAUUCAAAAUAUAUAACUGUUAGCAAGUAUUCCACAAUUAUAUUAUAAAUACUAUUUGAAGGAAAUACAUCAUAUAUUGAAAAAAAUAAAAUAAAAUCAAUAAGAAAGAUAUUACUGUAAAAUAAAUAAUAUAAUUUAAUAAAUAAAAUAAUUUUAAAUAAAAUAAUUUUUUUAAAUA